AUGACAGCUCAUUGCACAGCAGAUGGCCAGUUUUCCAUUGCUAUCUCUCAGGAUGUGACUCUGCCACCCGUUAUCCUGGACUCUGUGCAGCUGGCCAGUGGGUGUAGUACUGGUUGUGUCCCUGUCAUGAAAAAUGAUGCCUUUGUUGUGUACCUGUUCCCCUCUAUAUGUGGCACCACUUUUCAGCUAAGAGCUGCAGCUGUGACUGAAGACCAGGCCAUAUAUGAGAAUGUGUUGGUGGCAUUCAGGAAUGUGAAGACUGGGAGCCUUGGCUCUGUCACUAGGGAUAGCACUUUCAGAGUUUUCCUGUCCCACCAUGUCUGCUGGAGUUACUCUGUCAUUGGGAGCUUCAUUCUUUUGAGUAUUCAGGUCUUCACACUGCCACCAUUCUCUGCUGUGUCCCAGUCAGGCCCUUUGUCCUUGGAGCUGCUUAUUGCCUCAGAUGGAAGGUAUAGUUCCUACUAUACUGACAGUGACUAUCCUGUUGUGAAGACUCUGAGAAACCCUGUUUAUGUGGAAGUCAAAAUCCUUCAGAGAACAGAUCCAGAUCUGAUUUUGGUCCUGCACCACUGCCAAGCCACACCAAGUAUCAAUCCCCAGCAACAGCUGCAGUGGCCUGUUUUGGCAGAUGGGUGUCCUUAUGCAGGGGACAAUUAUCUGACACAGCUGGUGCCUCUGAGUCUUGCCUCAUGACUACUGUUCCCCUCUCAUUACCAGUGUUUCACCCUCUACACAUUCACCUUUGUGGAUGCUACUGCCCUAGCUUCCUAUUGA